AUGCACUUCAGGAGCAGUGCUCCCACCUUGCUGCUGCUGCUGCUGCUGCAUCUUUGUCUGCUGGGGAGGGUGCUGGAGGUGAAAGGACAGGAGCCGGGGUUCCUGCAGGAGGCUCUCAGGGCCUUGGAUCUGCCCCUGGGUACCGACGACGCGCCACAGCUGCAAAAGAACCACACCGGGAUCCUAAUCAACAAGCUCCUCCAGGCGGUGCACUGUGCAGAGCGGAUUGGCACCUCGCAAGACAUCUGUGACAAGUGCUUGACACCAGAUGUAGCUCUCUCAGUGCUCGAGGAUGAUGGGAAGGCCUACCUCACUCAGGAGGACUACCAGCAGAUCUCCACUGUUCUGCUGUACUACAUAAUUAACUUGCAAGACCUGUGUGUGUCAAAUGCUGCCUCUCCUUCCUCCCUUUCGUCCUCCUCAUUUGGGAACUAUCAGUUCUACCUUUUGGCCCUCAUCAAUCUUCACCCAGCUGAGGACAGCCAAUACCUAUCAUCCAGUGAAACAGAAAGUAUUCUGCAGCUCAUCAACCAGCACUACCAACCCUCCAAUCAAGACAGCUCAUCGGAUUUGCAAUGUAUUGAUGCCCUUGGCCUCCUUGAGGAUGUUAACGUGCAAGAAAAUCCAGGUGCUGGCAAGUCUUCUGUGCCCAAACUGGCUGCAGCCAUCAUCAGCCAUAUCCUGCAGGGCCACUGCUUCAGACGGCGGAACCUCCCGUCUCCUGCUUUCUUUACAGACUAUAUCUUUCAAUCCCUAAAUUGCACAAGUAACCUGCAGAUAAUGGACUUGGAGGAGCUGCUUCAUGAGCUGGGAGUAGGACAGGACGGAGCGGCACACACUCACAACAGGAAGAGACGGAGCAUCACUGGGUGUCCGCUGGAUGGAUGCAAUCAUGAAAUUGGAGAAAUAAGCCCGGACUGGGCGCAGGUAUGUUUUUCAGCCAAUCAGCUGGUGGAUAUUUUUGCUCUGAAUCCUCAUUUGCCAAUUUCCAAGGAGCACUUCAGACAAAUUUGCCCAGCCAUCAUUCAGCAGUUGCUAGGCAAUGCCUGUGAGACUGCAGAGCCGAAAAGAGAAGGAUCUCUGCCCACUGCUCUCGAGAAGUACGGCUACAGCACGGCUGCUGUCCUGCUCAUCACGGUGGGCUCCAUGCUCGGUAUCUGUCUGAUCUUCUUCAACUCCUGCAAGGAAACUUACACACUCAUCCUGCAGCUGUUUGUGGGCCUGGCAGUGGGAACCCUCUCAGGAGAUGCCCUCCUGCACCUCAUACCACAGAUCCUUGGGCUCCAUGAUGACACACACAGCCAUGAUGACAAACACUCCACAGAGGGAAAGGAGUAUCUGUGGCGGAUUCUGGGCAUGAUCGCAGGGAUCUAUGGCUUUUUCCUCAUUGAGAGGAUCUUUUCCUUUUUGGUUCCUUCUCAUGGCCAUGGUCAUUCUAGUGACCUUCCCUUGGAGCUCAACUGCAAUGGUCAGUCACAGAGGGGCAAGUCCAUCUCCACCAUACAGCUGGGGCCAGUGGAUGACUUGGAGUGUACAGAAGUAUCUCCUGAACUUGCAGACACAAGGAGGCCUUCACAUCAGAGACAAGGGGUUCCUCUGCUGGCAGUUAUGGUAAUCGUGGGAGACAGCCUUCAUAACUUUGCCGAUGGCCUGGUUGUCGGGGCGGCCUUCUCCUCUUCGGCUGAGACCGGCAUGGCGACCACCGUGGCUAUCCUGUGCCACGAGAUCCCGCACGAGAUGGGGGACUUUGCAGUGUUGCUCAGCUCUGGACUCUCAGUGAAGACUGCUGUACUAAUGAACUUUCUCAGUGCUCUGACAGCCUUCAUGGGCCUCUACAUCGGACUGCUGGUUUCCUCAGAGAUGGAAGUGCAGCAGUGGAUCUUCGCUGUUACAGCUGGGAUUUUCCUCUAUUUGUCACUGGUAGAAAUGCUUCCUGAGAUGAAUCGAGUGAAGACCGACCGACCGUGUCUCAUGUUUUUCCUACAGAACCUCGGUCUGUUGAUGGGUUGGGCUUGUCUCCUGCUCCUCGCACUCUUUGAACAUGAACUGAAAUUCUAAAUGCAUCGUACUUGAUGCGCCUCUCCACAUGGGCUCGAGCUGAAACAAAGGUUGACU